AUGAAUCAACAAGAAUUAAUAUCGAUUAAACAACAAGACUACACUUCCCCAUCAAUGAUUAUUGAUGAUUUUCUUUAUCAUGGUGAUAUAAAGCAUGCAAUGAAUAAAAUCUUACUUGAAGAACUCGGUAUUCAACAUAUCAUUAACGCAUCCGAUUGUAAAUUGGAUCAAGAUAUUCUUGAUCGAUGUCAUGUUCUAUGGGUGAAUGUAGAAGAUGAUACAUACUCUGAUAUUGCUGAAUAUUUUAAGAUGACAAAUGAAUUUUUACAAUCUUGUAAAGCAAAUGGUGAAAAAGUAUUGGUUCAUUGUCAAAUGGGUGUAUCUCGUUCAUCUUCAAUUGUUCUCGCCUAUUUGAUAAAAUAUCAUCAUGAUUCUCUUGAUAAAGCUUAUAAUUAUUUAGUCGAACGAAGACAUUGUGCUGAACCUAAUCUUGGUUUUCUCUUACAACUGAUUCGAUACGAAAAAGAAUUACACAAGAAAAAUGAAAGUAUACCCGAAACGUCUGCAAUUUUGAUUAACUCUACUAACAAACUGGUAACGAUAAAAAAUAAUGUUUUGUCUGAAGAAAUACCAUCAAAAUACCAUUCUCAACAAUCGCAACCAUUAUAUCGCAGACUAUGUUGCUUACCUAUCAAUACCCGGUCAUCCCACCUGAGUUUCAAAUAG